AUGAGUGUCAUAAAAGACAUAGACAAGCAGAACCACGAAAAAAGAGGGUGCGAAACGCCGAUGGACGUGAAGAAACACAGAGAGGAACCUUUACAUCUCCAAUAUCUGCACACGUUCUACCGUAAGUACUUUCCGGUUGCGCUUUUUUCGCGCUUUUUUGGGCUUUCAGCGCACCGGGAGGUCUCAUUCAUGAAGCAGAAUGAACGCGUGAUCCGUUACCUUUCGUUUGAUGGCGCUGAUGCGCUUAUGGACGCGUUGUUGAAGGAGGUUCCUCUUAAGUUCGACCUUGGAAGUAAUUACGUUAGCGUGCCAGCGAUGAACAGCAAUAACAUAUUUAAGAGCCGAGAGCUUGUGUUUGACAUUGAUAUGACUGAUUAUAUGAAAGAGAUGGAACGAAAAGGCAAGACAGGCGGUAACAAGACUAAGCACGCUGAGGGCGAGAGAGGCGUAAGUUCGACAGCACUGCGUGACACGAGCGAUGUGCAUGUCUGCGAUAAGCUCUGUGAUGAUUGCAUUGCUCAAAUGAAUAGAAUAAUCGCCCUGCUGAAAGAAAUUCUUACCGAUCACUUCGGAUUCACUCACGUAAUUUUCUUCUUUUCGGGUAAUAAAGGCUUUCACUGCUAUGUUAUGGAUGCGUUGACCAGCCAUUUUGCAAGUAUUGUGCGACAUUCGAUUGCAUCGUACCUGAAAAAGCACAGCGUGCUCGUUGACGAGAAUGUGACCAAAGAUGUCAAGCAUCUGCUCAAGGCACCGUUCUGUGUACAUCCAAAAAGCGGUUAUGUGUGUGUGCCGGUCGUUGAGGGAAUCGAAAAGGUGCAUGUGAGUGAUGUUGUGUGUGGGAAUGUUGGAUUAGAAAAAUAUUACAAGUUUUUUGAAGAAUUUGUCAAUAAUUUACAUUCAACUGUUUGCGGUUAAUAAAUUUAUUUUCCAUCUCAGUCACAAUUGAACUAAUUAACAUAAAUGAUUUGUAUUUAAAGAUGACACAACAGGAGCAUCAAAAAACAGAAGAAGUAAAACACACAUACAAUAUACUCCUUUUGAUGACGAGGGGUACCGCUUAUAAUGG